GUAAUAACACUGUAGUCCGUUGGUCCACCAUCUAGUUAGUGUGUAUACUAUUGUAUGUCACGUGACAUUUAUUAUAAAGUUCGAAGAAGAUAUGGCGGACGAUAAAGAUGUGGAGAAAACUAUUGCUGAAGACUUGGUUGUUACCAAGUAUAAAAUGGCUGGCGAUAUUGUAAAUCGUGUAUUAAAGCAAGUCGUAGGAAAAUGUAUAGUCGGUGCCUCGGUUAGAGAAAUUUGUGAGUAUGGUGAUCAAUUACUCGUAGAAGAAACUAGUAAAGUUUUUAAGAAGGAAAAGGAUUUGAAAAAAGGUAUCGCUUUUCCAACAAGUGUAUCCGUAAAUAAUUGUAUAUGUCAUUUUUCACCAACACAUAGUGAAGCUGAUUAUAUAUUAAAAAAAGACGAUCUUGCUAAAGUUGAUUUAGGAGCUCAUGUUGACGGUUUCAUUGCUGUUGUGGCCCAUUCGAUCGUUGUUGGUGCCGCACCAAAUGAAAAGGUUACUGGACGUAAAGCAGAUGUUAUAUUAGCUGCACAUUUAGCUUCACAAGCGGCCUUACGUUUAUUAAAACCUGGUAAUGAAACGUAUGCUAUAACAGAUGCUGUACAAAAAAUAUCUGAAGCAUACAAAUGUAAACCGGUGGAGGGUAUGUUAAGUCAUCAGUUAAAACAAUUUAAAAUCGAUGGUGAGAAAACAAUUAUACAAAAUCCGAAUGAUGCACAAAAGAAAGAGCAUGAAAAAUUUGAAUUUGAAACGCAUGAAGUGUAUGCAAUGGAUGUGUUAAUUAGUACUGGUGAAGGUGUCGGUCGUGAAGCCGAUACACGUGUAUCAAUUUAUAAGAAAACUGAUGAGACGUACCAAUUGAAACUGAAAGCAUCGAGAAUGUUUUAUAGUGAGGUACGAACGAAACAUGGUACCAUGCCAUUCAAUUUACGUACGUUUGAAGAUGAAAAAAAAGCGAAAAUGGGGGUUGUUGAAUGUGUCAGUCAUAAACUAAUUGAACCUUUUCAAGUAUUAUAUGAGAAACCAGGUGAAUUUGUUGCCCAUUUUAAGUUUACUGUUUUAUUAAUGCCGAACGGUCCUCAUAGAAUUACUGGAUUACCAUUUGAACAAAAUUCAUAUAAAUCGCAAUGUGUUAUUAAGGAUAAAGAAUUAAAAUCUUUAUUGGUAACAUCAGCGAAUCCAAAAGCAGCAAAGAAGAAGAAAAAGAAGGAUGAAGCCGCUGCUGCAACAACAGCGCCAACGGCAACGGCACCACCACCAGCAAGUGCUCCUAUGGAAGUAGAUGCUGCAGCUUAAUUAAUUUUUAAAUUAAUUAAGCUACAGUAUUGUUAUGUAAUUUUUUUCAUCCAUCCAUAACAAUACCUAAUUCAUAUUGUUGUUGAAUCCGAAAUAAAUAAAUAAAUCAAUGAAUAUAUUGAAAAAAAAAAAGAAUCAAUUUAAUUAUUAAGAAUAUAAAUCCAACAAAAUUUAUUUCGAUUUGUUUUUUGGCCCCAUGGAAAUUUACAUUUAUACUUAAGUUUGUUAGUAAUCAUUAUUAACACAUAAAAUAUUACAAUCAUCUACCCUCGCACCACUUUUAAUUGGUAACAUCUGUAAAAUCACAGUUUAGUAAAAAUAAUUAUAUUUAAGUUGUCACCCUUUUGUUUUCAAUUUAAGGUGAACUAAGACGUAGAAAAAGUAGCGAAAGAAUUAUCUAUCAAAACCACCGAGAUCAGGUUUCUAAGCCGUUGAAUAUUGCUUUCAGUUUACAUAUAAUCAAUGAUGUGUUUGGACACCAGUUAAGAUCUGGGAAUCAAAUACAUUUGAAAAAGUGAAAUUCAAUACUAAGGCUUGACUGAUGGUAUAAACAAUUUCAAAAUACUAUUUGGUUAUUAAUUCAUUUUUAAAGUAAUUACACAAUAAUUUGGAAUUAAUUUCCAAAUACACCCCUGUCGAUAGUUCUUUAAUCUAAAAGUAUCGGUAUCUAGAUUCAUUUCAUGAAUUAUUUGUAUCUAGAUAUUGAAAAAUGAAUAAAAUGGCAGAUUUAGAUCUUUUAUAUCGAUUCAAACUAUUUUUAACACUAGGAUAAUGUUAAAGUCACCUUAAAUGAUCCAAGUUCUAGCUUUUAAAUAACGAAUCACGAUCAGAAAAACUUCACUUGCUGAUGAUUUCAUCUGAUCAUAACACAAAUUGACUAUAAAUAACGUUUAGAAGCUAAAACUGGAUCAUCGAUUCCAAAAAUAUUUUU